AUGGCGGAAGAUCGUAUGGAUGAAGAAGAUUUAGACGACAAAUUCAACAUAGAUGAAUAUAAGGACAAGUUGUCACAUUUCAUACAGUCUCAUAAUCUAACUACUUUGAAAGUACAUAGUGAUUUAGAAACUAAUGAUAAAACACAGCAAGAAUCUGAUAAAAAUAACACCACUAAUAAUAAUAAUACGAUUACAGAUAUAGCAUCCUUCUUUAGUGAUUUAACAGAAGUAAUCCCACCAGAAAAUUUUAGCCCAGUAAUUGGGGAAAUCUAUAGAAGUAGUUUCCCUAGGAUAGAAAAUUUUAAAUUUUUGAGAGAUAGAUUAAAAUUGAAAUCUAUAUUAGUGUUGAUUCCUGAAGAGUAUCCUCCAGAAAAUGUUGAGUUCUUGAAUAAUUCGGGGAUACAAUUAUUUCAAAUUGGUAUGAGUGGUAAUAAAGAGCCAUUCGUCAAUUUACCUAGUGACUUAUUGACUAGAGCUUUAGAAAUUGUUUUGGAUCCGAAGAACCAACCAAUUUUGAUUCAUUGUAAUAGAGGAAAACAUAGAACCGGAUGUCUUGUCGGUUGUAUUAGAAAAUUGCAAAACUGGUCAUUAACCAUGAUCUUUGAUGAGUACAGAAGAUUUGCCUUCCCUAAAGCUAGAGCACUUGACCAACAAUUUAUUGAGAUGUAUGAAGAUGAGGAAAUCAAAACUAUAGCUUAUGAAAAAGGAUGGUUACCUCUUGAGUGGUAG